CAACAACACAGCUUCUUCUUAAUACCACUAUCUUCUCUCUCGGUAACCCGUAUCGCGAGGCCUGCGACAAACGAACAGAGUGUUCCCCUGAAAACGCCAAGAUCGAACUGUGCGUCGUGAGAGUGGGAAACCUGUCGUCAUUUUUAUAGGGAAGAACCCGCCCUUGAGACAAAGGACGCGCCCACAUUCAAUCCGCCGCCGUCAUUCCUCAGCGCUUGCGCACGGCAGAUCAAUUCUCACUCCUGUUUCUCUUCCUUUUUCUCCCUUGUGUCACCACCGUCAAGGGAUUAAAAUCGCAUCGUGUCCCUCUUCUCCCCCGCCGUAUCUCUCUGCAUCUCUUAUCGCUUUACCUCAAUCUUUUUCGAUAUGACGUGGGAACUCAACCAGAGGCGGUUCAUCCGCUCCAUCAAUUCGAAGUACAUCUACGGUCGCAUCCCUCUUCUGCAUACCAUCGUUUUCUUAAUCGAAAUGGCAUUCAUCGCAAGACUUACAGCUCGAUUCAACUCGUACUAUGACGAGCGACCAUUAAUGACCAUGAUGGUCACUAACGCCAUCCUCGGAGGUGUCGCCGACACAGUCGCCCAAUCCAUCACCGCGAUUCGCGAACGAGCUAUCCGUCAGCCAGGCGGUCUUAAGAAGAACGACGGCAUCGCUAUUGAGAUCCACGAGCUUGACCGCAAGAACCCCUUCUACGAGCGCGACCUGAUCCCCGACUCGGUCGGCCUUCCUCCACCUUUCGACUUUGAGCGUCUCACGCGCUUCAUGGCAUACGGUUUCUGCAUGGCUCCUGUGCAAUUCAAGUGGUUCCGCUUCCUCGAGCGAGUCUUCCCCGUCACCAAGACCAGCGCUUUCGUCCCCGCCAUGAAGCGCGUUGCUUUCGAUCAGCUCAUCUUUGCGCCAUUUGGUUUGGCUGUGUUUUACACGACCAUGACUAUUGCUGAGGGUGGCGGCCGUCGCGCCGUUUCGAACAAGCUUCGGGAUAUGUACAUUCCAACUCUCAAGGCCAACUAUGUUGUUUGGCCUGCUGUGCAAAUUGUCAACUUCCGCUUGAUGCCUGUUCAGUUCCAACUGCCUUUCGUGUCAACAAUUGGUAUUGCCUGGACAGCAUACCUGUCCUUGACAAACUCAGCGUCUGACUAA